AUGUCGAGCCACCACCAAGAUACAGUCAUGACAUUCACACAGGCCAAGGAGUCAUAUGGCCCACAGGCCCCGGUGUGGUAUUUCAACUUUGCCUGGGCGGCGGAUGACCUCAACAGCGUGAUCAAGCCAAAGCUCCAUGUUCAACAAGGGGACACAGUGCUGGACUUGGGGUUUGGGAAUGGCGAUGCGCUCAAGUAUGCGAUUGAGCAAGGUGCAGGCUUUGUCAUGGGGUUUGAGGCCAGUCUUCAGCCAGCAAAGUUGUAUCUUCUGCCCUGGCUGUCGAGCAAGUAUGGGCCGGUCUCCUACUCAGUCAACCCCAGUCUCGCCUACGUUCAUGAUACAGCCUACUAUAUGGCACUCUCAGACAUGACGGAUUCACAGACAGUCAUGGCCCAUAUCCAGGAAGUGGUCCGCCUAAAUAACUUGGCCAACCCCUCCAACCCUCAAGUCAGUCUGGUGGUCCAGCACAUCAGCCACUUGGAUGAGCCUACUGUCCCAGGAAUGAAGUUCAACCGUGUCUUCAUCCUCAACGCUUUCCAACACGUCGCCCAUGAUCAACGGGCUCCAUGGCUUGACUUUCUCAAGCGGCACGUCCUCCAGCCGGGUGGUACCAUCACCAUAACAGUGCCAGAUCCCGAGAAUGGGAUGCAGACCUUGGAGAUUCUCACGGGUUGGUUCAGCGACAGUCAAAACAAGGUACUGGGUGUCACCCGUCGUUAG